CCAAAAGAUAAUAGUAAUAGUAAUGAAAUUUGUAGACCACAUCACAUCCAUCGUCUUCCUGACGCCACCAUUUCAAUUCCCCGCAAUAACUAGCCGCCCAAAUUCAGAGGGAGUAGAGAGAUAUCAAAGAAAGCAGGGAUUCGAUGACUUACCUCUUGCUCCACUUCGCCGUGCUCCUCCUGCUCCAUUUCUGCUCGCCGGCGGCCUCCAUCACCUUCCCCUCCGACGCCGCAGCUCUAGCCGCACUCAAAUCGGCUAUCAUCCCCUCCUCGAUUCCUCCCUUCUCCUGCCUUUCUUCAUGGAACUUCUCUGCUUUCUCAGACCCAUGCCGAACUUCUCUGUGCGGCCUCUCCUGCUCCAGCGACGGUCGAAUCACGGCAAUCGCCCUCGAUCCCGCCGGAUACUCCGGCUAUCUUCCCCCUGUCAUAUCCAAUCUCUCCCACCUCCAAACACUAGACCUAUCCAGCAAUUUCUUCCACGGCUCAAUCCCUUCUUCUUUCUCCUCCCUCUCCAAACUCCAAUCCCUCAUCCUCACCUCUAACUACUUCACAGGCACGAUCCCUUUCUCUCUUCUAUCAAAUCUUUCGUACCUGCAAACGCUAGAACUCUCCCGCAACUCCUUCUCCGGCUACAUCCCCGCCUCUGUUUCCACUCUCUCUGCUCUCGCUAUCCUCGAUUUCAGCUACAAUCGCCUCAUCGGCCCGAUCCCUUCUUCUCUCCCACCAAAUCUGGUAACCCUAGCUCUUAGAGGGAAUUCUCUAUCGGGAUUUCUAAACCGAUCGGCGUUCGCGCCACUGCGGAUACUGGAAGUCGCCGAUCUCGCCGGAAAUCGACUCAGCGGGCAUGUAGAGGGCUGGCUUCUGAAACUCCCUAAGAUCCAGCAAGUGAAUCUGGCGAACAACAGCUUCGAGAAAUGGGAGGUGUGGCCGGUCGCCGUCGGCGAUAAUGGCGGACAGAAUCUCGUUGCGGUGGACCUAGGGUUUAAUCGGAUCGGGGGACAACUGGCUCCGGAGCUAGCGGGGUAUCCAUCGCUGGUGGCGGUCACGGUGAGUUAUAACCAGCUGAAGGGAGAAAUACCGUGGCAAUACCAUGAAGAGAAGAAAGGCGCGGCGUUCCGGCGGCUAUUUCUAGCCGGAAAUUUUCUGGAAGGUAGGGUUCCGGAACAGUUUUUGGCGGGAGAAAUGGAGGGGAGAUUUGGGGAUAAUUGCUUGGAGGGAUGUCCGCUGGUUUCGGAGAUGUGCUCUCCGAGGCAGAAACCGGAGUUGGUUUGUAAGAUGGCGUAUUCCGGUGACGGACAUCGGCGGCGAGUUGAUAUGAUCAGGGUUUAGGGUCGCCGGCGUGAAGAGCAGGACGAUGUAUACUAGUUAAGAGGAUUUAUAACAGUACCCCUCAAUUCCUAUGUAUUUACAAAU